GGGGGGGAGGGACGGGCGCUUUGCACACGCCUCGCUGACCUCACGGCCGCUAUAAAAAGCCGGCGGCAGGCAGCCCUCCAGCAUCUCUGCAUCUUUCCUCCGCCUUGGGCUAUUUGAGCUCUUUUCGUCUCUCGACUUGUGAUGGAUCCCCAGAAUUGCGGCUGCGCCACCGGCAGCUCCUGCUCCUGCAAUGGAUCGUGCAAAUGCAAAAACUGCAAAUGUACUUCGUGCAAAAAAAGCUGCUGUUCUUGCUGCCCUGCCAGCUGUGACAACUGUGCAAAAGGCUGUGUCUGCAAAGACCCUUCUCUGAACAAAUGCAGCUGCUGCCCCUGAACCCCCCACCCCUCCUCUUUUUGUAAUUAGGUUAAAUCUGUUGUGCAGUCAAAAUGAUUUUUUCAGGCUACAGCAACAUGUGUUGCCCUUGUUUUUUUAAAAGCCUGAGAGCAUGAAAAUAAAGCUGACUUCAGACAAAGCA